GUCAACUUUCUGUACGAGCACGGCGGCCGGCGGAUCCAGGAGGCCUCCUGGUGCGGCAUCUCGUUCGCCGAUCCCGACUGGAAGCUGCUGCUGCUGAUGCCGCUCAGCACGCUCUUCUUCUUCGUCAUCCCCAUGGCGCUGAUCCUGGUGCUGUACCUGAACAUCGCGCUGGCGCUGAGGCGCAGCGGUAGCCUCCGGCGCUGUGCUAGCUCCGAGGCUGGCAACAGCUGCGAGGCCGAGCGCUCGCAAGUGCAGUGCCGCAGGAUGGUGGUCAGGAUGCUAGUGGCGGUGGUGAUUGUCUUCUUCCUCUGCUGGGCCCCAUUCCACGCCCAGCGGCUGCUGUUCACGUACGGCACCGUCUGGGACAACUGGACCAGUGAGACGCUCCGUACCGUCAACGAGUGGAUCUUCUACGUGGCCGGCGUGCUUUACUACUUCAACUCGGCCAUCAACCCGGUACUCUACAACGUCAUGUCAAAACGCUUCCGCGUGGCAUUUCGCGAAAACCUGUGCUGUCGCCGACGGCGGCGUCCGGCGCGGCGCGCCUCCAACAAGCUUCUGGUAGUGUUUCGGCAGAGCGGCAGUUCGGAGCGCGGCGGCGGCGGCUCGCUGGCCGAGCUGCCGCCGCCCCCGCCGCCGCCCGAGCCGCCCGGCGUGCAGCUGUGCUGCGUCCAAUGCCGCGGAGCCGGCUCGCCUCGCAGCCGCUCGGAGCCGGCGCACGCGCGCAGCCAGGCCGAGCUCGGCUGCGGCGGCUGUUCGCGCCACCGGCACGGCCUCUCCAAGAGCGAGGGCAACUGUCCCAGCUCGUGGUCGCCCGUGCUGGCCUCCAGCGAGUGGAGGAGCAGCCGAGCGCGCCGCGAGCCCACCGAACUGACCGCGGCCGCCGCGGCAGAGGAUGACUGGCCGCCCGAGCGUGUCUGUGUCCUCCUGGAGAAUGGGACGCAUUACCAGCGCGUGCCGCUAGAGGCAUCCAUAUAAUGAGACAGAGAGGAUAGUAUCGAGAGGAAGCCAGCAGUGAUGACGUGCUGAUUCAGAGACUGAUGCCUGAUGGGAUUAAAAGCCUCGGCUCGUUCGAGAGUGAUGACAGUGAUCAAAAGAGAUCUGGUGGGUAAUGAUCAAACUCCAUCUAAGUUUGACGCGAAGGAACUGCUGACAGUAAUCGUUAGCAAUUGAGCGGUAAUGUGACAUGUUGCCUGGUGCGCUAUCAAUUUUUGAAGAGAAAGAACUGAGAGAAAGCCGUUGUCUAUAGGAUAAACACGAGAAGAGCUUCGGUCCGGUGUACCGCUGUCUACCUGUAUCCAACGGUGUAGCGGCAUGGCGUUGUGUUUUUGUCCUGGCGGCGGGAUUGGAUUGGCGUUCGAUCGGUGUCCGCUCGGAGUGAGCAUCUCUCUGUUUAUGAGACGGUCGGAGAAUGUCCGUCUGUGUCUGGAAGCCCGGCCGGGCGCUCCUUUUGGCGCGCUAAUCGGUCUGGCGGGAGUCGUGUCAGCGCCGUGCGAUCCGUGUGAUAUACGUCAUGUUUUGAUGUCCGGGGCGGUCGCCCGAACAGAAAAUAACGCCGCGAGUUUAAAAGCUGAUGGAAGCGGCAGUAAUUUCCUAGGCACAGCAUAAGGCCUAAUGUGUAAACGUUGUUUCAAAGUGAAUUGGACCAUUCGAUGGCAUGAAAUGGACCAUCCGAUUAUUGAGCACAAGGUUUUUCUCAUUCACCUCCAUACUCAAGUUCAAAGUGUAUGGUUUCCAGCUUUAUGCAGGACUGUCACUUCAGAAACACGACGUGAUAAUGUGUUACUGUUACCCGUCCGUUGGUCGUGUACUGCUGGUGUAGAUAUAGAAUCAAAUGAUCAAUGAGAUGGCAUUUGAAUGUGACGAUUUCAAUAACUUUAUGUAAGUGAAGGAGUAAUAAGUAUUCGCAUCCAAACAAUUAAGAGAUACAUGUAAACUGAUUUUUUCACGUGAAAUCUUUCCCUUUUAGCCAGCUCACAUACAGAGUACCUAAUACUCAUAUUCAAUGCCAUACUAUUGAUCAUUUUACUCUAUAUCUAUAGAAUCAUGGCAACACAACCAUCUUACACAUGAUAUGAGUACCUAGUUAUACUUGUUGUACCUCUGUUGCAUUGUUUAACGUUUCUUGUUUUGUGUAACAUGCGCACAGGCAUCUGGCGCUCCCAAGAUGUGCUCGUGUCUCUGGGUUUCGGAGUCGGCACAAUUCAACAUCAAUACAUGGCCAUCAUUGUCACUCGUAUGUUUUGGUUUUAACGUCUUUGUUCGUAUUUUCCUACUGCGGCAUGCCUUUCCUCCUUCCAGAAAAUAGCUUCGCA